AUGCAGAACCCUGAGUUGUCCGCGGGCCUGGAUUCUAUCGCAGAUCUAAGCCGUCAGCACGUCGCCCAGUCAUCUAGCCGGAUGGGCGCGUAUGAAUAUCUGUUGGGUACUAGACUUGAAAACGAAGGGGACAAUCUACUGCAGACACAGGCUUGUCUGUGUUAUAUUUGUGCUGGGAAUGUAGAGAAACUAGUUGCGUGUUGGACUAAAGCUCAAGAUGGAAACAGCCCCUUGUCCCUUCAGGACCUCAUUGAGAAAGUAGUAAUCCUGCGUAAGGCUGUGCAGUUUACACGAUCUGUAGACGCUGAUGCUGUCGGCGCUCUUCUGGCUGAGAAGAUGAGUCAGUAUGCCAAUCUGUUGGCUGCACAGGGGAGCAUUGCUACUGCAUUGGCUUUCCUUCCUGCAGACACCAACCAGCCAAAGAUCGUGCUGUUGCGGGACAGACUUUGCAGAGCUCAGGGAGAACUUCCAGUGGGACAGGAGACACCAAAGUCCCCGUAUGAGAGAGAACCCGUGCCUAAGGGAAGAGCUGGACCUGUGGCUGGACAAAUGCAGAUGCCCCAAGGCCCAGCCCAACAGUAUUAUCAGCAGGGAGACAAUCCUCCACCCCCAGGUUUUAUUAUGCCACCAGGGGCUGCUCAUCCGAAUGUGUCGCAACAUCAGGCCGCCUCUCCCGGCUACAACAUGUACUCGCAGACGGGGGCACGACAGCCGUACCCGCAGACUUAUCAGCCACCACAGCAGUAUUCUUUUGGAACGGGGGGACCAGCACUCUAUCAGCCUCAACAACCUAUUGCUCCUCCUACUUCAACCUCCUACGCUAACCCUCCCUAUAUGCCUUCUGCUUCUCCCCAUUCUGCGCCCUCUCAGUUAUACUCAGGACAACCUCAGCCCUCUCCAACAAGCUUGAAUCCUGGCUCUUCUUUCCCCGCCCCUCCUUCUGGUGCAUCCUUCCAGCAUGGCAGACCAGGAGCUCCAGCUACUUCUGUGGCUUAUGCACUGUCUACUGGACCAACAGAAAAUCAGUCUUCUCAAGACCAGGCGUCUACCCUGCAAGGACCUCAAAAUGGUUGGAACGAUCCUCCUGCAUUGAACAGAAUGACAAAGAAGAAGAAGAUACCUGAUAACUUCAUGCCUCCUGUUCCCAUCACAUCCCCAAUAAUGAAUCCUCUCCUGGAUCCACAAUCCCAGAUGCAGCAGCCGCCAACUUCACUGCCACCUGCAGCCCAGGCUACAUUUCAGCCCUCGCAUCUUCCAUCAGGGCAGCCCAUUUUACAAAACCCUUUCCAGCCUAUUCAGCAGCCUCUGGGGCAGUCAAUCAUGCCUCCAGCUAUCUCAAAAACUAGUACAGAGGGGGCACCAGGAGCUCCAAUUGGCAAUACCAUACAGCAUGUGCAGUCGUUGCCAGCGGAGAAGAUUACAAAGAAGCCUAUUCCUGAUGAGCACCUUAUUCUGAAGACCACAUUUGAAGCUCUCAUCCAGAGAUGCCUGUCAUCUGCCACAGAUCCACAAACGAAGAGGAAAUUAGAUGAUGCCAACAAACGCCUGGAGUUUCUAUAUGACAAACUUAGGGAACAGACACUCUCCCCAGCAAUCAUCAACGGCUUGCACAGCAUUGCGAAAAGCAUCGAAACGCGCAACUACACAGAGGGACUGAACAUCCACACCCACAUAGUCAGCACCAGCAACUUCAGCGAGACAUCUGCCUUCAUGCCAGUGCUGAAAGUCGUCCUCACCCAAGCCAAUAAGCUGGGGGUCUGAUGUCACCCCUCUCCCUCGCCCAAGCAGAGCUUGUGAUGUCACUUUUCCAAAGUAGUACAUUCAGCAAAACGUGUGCAAGAAGGGGACCAAAUACCAGACCUUAGAGCAUGUUGCAGUAGAUCUCUGAUCAAUGGCAUGACACUAUCCCUACAGAUAUACAUCAUCUUAGAAUGGCCUUUGAGCCCUGGUGCUUUUUUAUUUUAAUCUUUUAUCAUCCCUAAUGAUUCCUGUCUACAGACAGUAUAUUUAAUGGAUUACACCUCGUGUUGUCAAUUUUAAGUGCAUGUUGUACACUAAAGAGUGGUUUUUAAUACAGAAGUGUGGGGGAAAAGCUGAUGGUAGGUUGUGUAUCAGACAGACCUUAUAACAUUCUUUCCACUUCCCCUCCCAUUCCUUCAUAUCCACCAGAUUAAAGUGUCUGAUCCUCUUUUUAA